AUGACAAGCUACUCGACACUCAAGAUUGGAAAAAAGUACUCACCUGGGUUCAAGACGUACGUGACACAGAAUGGGAAGAUAGUUUCUCCGUUUCACGAUAUUCCUCUGCACAUGACAGAAAAUAGGGAAGUUAUAUCUGUGAUCUGUGAGAUCCCCAGGUUUGAAAAUGGGAAAUUUGAGAUCAAUAAAAAAGAGAGGUUUAAUCCAAUAAAGCAGGAUGUUAAGAAUGGAAAGCCAAGAUUUGUAAAGAAUGUCUUUCCUAUGAAAGGAUAUUUGUGGAAUUACGGUGCUAUACCACAAACAUGGGAGAGCCCUCAUGAGAUUGACAAACAUGUUGGAGCAAAGGGAGAUAAUGAUCCUUUGGAUGUCAUUGAAAUAGGAGGGAGGAAAAAGAAAAUAGGAGAGGUUUAUCAAGCAAAGGUCCUUGGAAGUAUUGCAUUGGUUGACGAGGAUGAAUGCGAUUGGAAGGUGAUAGUCAUUGAUGUAUGUGACGAAAAGGCCAAUGAGAUGAAUGACAUUGAAGAUGUACAGAAGAUGUGUGGAGGAUUACUUGAGCAAACCAAGUUUUGGUUUGAGAAUUACAAGGUCCCUGACGGGAAGGGGAAGAACAGUUUUGCCUUGGAUGGAAAGUACAUGAACAAAGAGUUCACUCUAAAAGUCAUCGGGAAUGCACACGAAAGUUGGUGUGGAAUGGUGAACUCCAAGGACAGUGAAGAUAUUUGUAAGGAGAAUUCCACUCUAAUGGAUAAGAUUGAUCCUCCCGCUAUCACUGGAGAAGAUUUGUCCGACUCAGAAAUUCCUGACUAUGUCAAUCAGUUUGAGUUCAUUAAAUGA